AUGGGCCUCAGUUGGCGCAGGCUGGCUGACACGCGGCGCGAGCUGGAGCGUGUCGUCCCUUCUUGUGUUUCUUGCCGUUUGUGCAAUGCAUUGCAUGCAACAACAUGCAGCUAUCACUCUCAUUCUGGAGCCUGGAACCGAAACGGCUCUGUCGCUGCCGCUACCUCUUCUCCGCCAGCCUCAACAUCAAACCAGGGCAGCGGGAUCGGUUCCAGUCGCGACACUCCCGACAGUGCAACCCAAUCUCGGGCCGACAAGCAUCGCAUUAACGAACUUUCAAACGAUGGGCAAGAUUCGGCACCAAGUGCGAUCAACCAGCUAGGCAAAAACCCACUCGGCCGACCACUCGGCCGACCACUCGGCCGACCACCCAAUCCUCCACCUGCAUCCGCAUCUGCACCGAAACGAGCUCGGGGUCGUCCGAGAAAGACAGACGAGGAGAAGCAGAACACGGCCAAAGCCAAAGCAGAAGAGAUCGCUGAAGAGAAAGCGGCGAAGAAACGACAAGAUGAAGAACAAGCACGGCAACGAGAGGAGGCGAAACGAACCAGGCUGGAAGUGGAGCGAGCCCCACAGCGGCAAAUCGUCUUGGACGAGCAGACUCAGAGGAUGCUGGUCAGUUGUUAAAGCUCGAUGUGUGGCAGCCUAGUGUGAUGACAAACCUUCAAUCCUGUUUCAUUUCGGGCUCACCUGGGGUUAUUUUAAUAUUCCACCCUCGCAAUUUCCCCCUGCCGAAACGUACACCGUGAGUUGCGUAGACCUGUGUCUUGUCCGUGGGCCGCAUAAAGUCUUACGCAUAUCAAUGGCUAUCAACUCCAGAAACAGACAACUCUCAGCUUUGCGCAAGCAUUCAGUUCGUCUUCAACUUCAAACCCUUCGUUCGCCGUGCCUUCCGGAUCCGGUGCCUCGCACUCGACCGACCCCAGUCUGCCCUCGAUGCCGGCAUCGGCGAGCUCGGCAGUCCCCCCGGGAGGCGGCUCAAAAGUCCAACAACAUCGAACCCUAUUGCGUCGAGAGUGGCACUUUCCGUUUCGAGCCCCUCAAAUGGUCGCCGCGCAAUUUGCUGCACAAGAACAUGGGACGAACGCUUCAGCAGAUGCAAACCCAGCUGCCAGCCGAUCGCAAUCUCCGUCACACCUGGCUUGCAAAACGCCAAGGUACUCGGUUUGCGGUAUUGCACGUUCACACACCAACCGAACGAGCGCUGUACAAGCAUAUCUUGUCCCAUCUGGAACUAUCAACUUCUCGAGACCAGCGAGCCAUCCGAAUCGUCGAGCGCUGGAACGCUUAUGCCAACGACAUUGAUAUAUUUUACGAAGUGAGUCGCUAUUUCGUCGUGCCUCUGAACUUAAGACCAAGCUGAGUGCUUGAAAACUCAUACGUAGAUGCCAGAACACAUCAGCAGUUGGGAAUCCAGAUGGUCGUCUCUGGUCAAUGCUCAAGCCACAAUGAAUCUUGCCGAGAAGGACGUCGAAGCGACCCAAGCGAUGAUCACCGACCCUUCCCGCGGUCGCAAUGUCAGCCCGCCGCCCGCCAAGCCGUUGCUCGGCCACAAACCUCCGGUCUCGGGGAUGCUCACGGGUGCAGAGGUCGAAGCGUCCAAUCCUCAAACAUCAUUCAUCCGCCCAUCCGAGGCGAUGGACACAAGCAACAAUGGUCCGCGUGCAGGGAUUGCUACCAGUGGCAGUUCAGUGAGCGCAGUCACCGGGAAAGUAAUGCGGCACUGUCGGUUCUGCGGUCAAGCCUCUUGCAAGUUCAAGGGAUCAGCGUCAGCCCGACAGGGAUCGGAGAUUCUGUGUGAAAACCCAUGUGUGGAUUGCGGGAAGAUGUAUGGCUUGAGUGAAGAGAGGGAUCCGAAUAACCCAGAAUCGCCGAGGUUUUGCAAGGGGCUGACCACGGCUGAGAUGGGUGGUCGAGCUCGGUAUAAGAAGAAGUGUCAUAAUCAUAAACCGCUGCGACAUUGUGAAGACACUCUUAUUCCUAUUGCAAUUGUAUAUCAUGUACCACUUAUCUUUUUCGUUCCUUCUUCUUCCUUUCCCUUUCGAACCUUCCCUUUUUUUUCUCUCCUUCCUCCUUUUUUUCCCUCCCUUUCUUUUUCUUUUUCCUCCCAGCCCCCCACCCCCCGGCACGGGUACGGGCCCGGAUUUUCCCAUAAAUUAAGACAGGUAUAA